AUGGCAGUAGCAGUAGUGGAUGAGACUGUAGAACACAAAGUCGUCUCUGAGUCGACUUAUGCUGCUAGACGUCUGAAAAUAGACGUUCGUAUGUUGACUUUAGACAACUUAGAGACGUCUCCAAGUCAUACAAUGUCCCACUUUGAAGACGACUAUCCAGGAUCCGAGUUGUCAUUUGUCACAGAGGAAUUAGUAAAAUUUUUAAGAUUACCUCGAAAAUCUGCAACGAUUCCGUUACUUGGCAUUGGCGGAACUUAUUCAGGACGCACUAAAGGCUCUGUUUAUAUUGAACUUCACUCUUCUAUUAAUGAUUCCGAUAGUUACACUUUACACGCAUACAUUCUCCCACGAUUGACCUUUCAGAUACCAUCAUAUGAAGUAAAUAGCGAUUCUUGGUCGCACCUUAAUAACUUACAAUUUGCAGAUCCUAAUUUUGGUAAACCCGGACCAAUUCACGUCAUUAUAGGUGCAGAUUGUUAUGGCCAGAUUAUUAAACUUGGAAUAAUUAAAAAUGAUUCAUCCUCACUCAUUGCUCAAUUAACUCUUUUCGGAUGGGUGGUUUCCGGACCGGUUGCUGUUAAUUCUCAUGAUAACGAAAGUCGCAUUUAUCAUUGCAGCAUUGAUCGUGACUUACAAGAUCUUUUGACUUAUUUCUGGAAACAAGAAGAAGUCUCAAAUACAAUCACAGAACCUUUAAGUCCUGCUGAUGCUGAUUGCGAACAGUAUUUUCUUUCUUCUCAUUCACGAGAUCAAAGCGGACGAUAUAUAGUUCGGCUUCCACUUAAGGCCCCAGCGACUCUUUUGGGAGACUCAUCUUCCACAGCACUUCAAUGCUUACAUCGACUUCGUAAAAGGUUUGAAACCCAACCUUCCUUUUGCGAAUUAUACACAAAUUUCUUACAGCAAUAUCAAUCGCUAGGCCAUAUGGUUCCAGUUUCAGAACCCGAAGUUAACAAUUCUUCUAUUUUUUAUUUACCCCAUCAUGGUGUAUUCCGCGAAAGUAGCCGGACAACCAAGCUACGAGUUGUAUUUAACGGUUCGAGUCCUUCAAAAGGUGGCGUGCCAUUAAAUGACAUUUUGCAUGCUGGAGCCAAAUUACAAACAAAUAUCUUUGAUGUUUUACUCUGGUUCAGAUCACAUCGAUUUGUCUUUUCAUCUGAUAUAACUAAAAUGUAUCGUCAGAUAUUAGUUCAUCCAAGCGAUCGAAAUUUACAACGCAUUUUUUGGUACGAUUCAAAUGGACAAAUAUGUCCAUAUCAGUUAACCACAGUAACUUAUGGGCUAAAUUGUGCUCGCUUUCUCGCUCUCCGUGUACUUCAACAGCUCAUUACAGAUGAAGGACAUCGAUUUCCCAAAGCGAUAUCAUCGUUAACAAAAGGGAGAUAUGUCGAUGACAUUUUUGGUGGUGCGGAAUCCAUAGAAGAAGCCCAAGAAAUAAUAUCCCAAGUAUGUCAACUUUGCAUGGCGGACAAACUUCCUUUGCAAAAAUGGAGUAGCAAUUCUCAAAUUUUGUUAAAUUAUUUAUCGCUUUCGCCGACUGACAACACGCCUACUGUGGAGCUAGAUUCAUCCCGUAUUAAGGUAUUAGGUCUUUGUUGGCAACCACAAACUGACGUAUUCAAAUUUAUUUCAGUACCGUCUUCAAGUCAAGUUUUGACAAAGAGAAUAGUCUUAUCAGAAAUAGCGCAAAUAUACGAUCCGUUAGAAUUUCAAAAUCAAUGGGCUAGUUUUAAGAAGCAAUUAUUAGCGUUAAGUAACUUAAACAUUCCUCGUUGGCUUUAUAUAACCUCAACUGCGCAUUCCAUCGAAUUGCAUGGAUUUUCUGAUGCCUCUCAACUCGCGAUAGCGGCUGUAGUUUACAUUAGAACUGAAACGCAGGAACGCGGAGUUCAAGUUAAUAUUAUCUGUGCAAAAACUAAGGUAGCGCCAUUAAAGAAACUUACCAUACCUAGACUCGAAUUAAACGCUGCACUAAUGUUAUCACGUCUUGUAUAUAAUGUACAGAAUGUGUUAGAUUUGAAAGAAAGACAAAUUUUCCUUUGGACGGACUCAUCCGUCGCCCUUACAUGGAUUUCGUCCCAUCCAGCAAAAUGGAAGGAUUACGUACGCAACAGAGUUGUCGCCAUACAAGAAAUUCUACCCUCUGCCUCAUGGCGUUUCGUUCCUGGUAAAGACAAUCCUGCUGAUUGUGCAUCAAGGGGAUUGAGCGUACACGAAAUCGAGCAUCAUUCUUUAUGGUGGCUCGGGCCAUCUUGGUUAAAUAAAGCGCCUGUCCAUUGGCUUAAUUGGAGUCCUAUUUCCCCAACCAAUACCGAUCUGGAGAAAAGCACGAAGCACGCGCUAGCAACGGUACAAGACAUCCAGAUGCCCCCUUGGGAACUCUUAACAAAAUUCUCUUGCUUAUCAAAACUCAUCCAAGUUACCGCUACUUGCAAACGCGCCGUUAAACGUUUUCGAAGAUUAUCAAUAGAGUCGACUACCGGACACCUUACCCCAACCGAGCUUCAAGAGAGUAGUCAGUUCUGGAUACGUCAAGUUCAACAAUCCUAUUUUUUACAUGAUCUCAAAAUUAUAGCGAGAGGAGGACGAUUGUCCAAGUCAAACCCUCUAAUAAAACUAACUCCAUUUUUAGACGAUACUGGCCUUAUGAGAGUGGGCGGACGGCUUCAACAUGCGAAUCUGGAUCCAGAUGUUAAACACCCGCUUAUCCUACCCAAACAUUAUCAUCUCAUAACCCUAAUAAUCGCUGACGCUCACUUGCAAACAUUACAUGGCGGAACUCAAGUGACACUAGCUUACACUCGUCAGAAGUACUGGAUCAUAGGUGGACGAACUCCAGUCCGAUCUUACAUUUUGAAAUGUGUAAAAUGUGCUAGAUAUCGCCAAAAUCGAGCCCAGCAAUUAAUGGGUCAGCUUCCGGAAUCCAGAGUUACUCCAUCCCGCCCCUUCUUAAAUUCCGGAGUUGACUAUGCAGGACCUAUAAUGAUCAAGACAUGGCGAGAACGGGCGGCGAAAACUUAUAAAGGAUAUUUGGCGAUCUUUGUCUGUUUUUCUACUUCUGCCGUACACAUAGAAGUCGUCACCGACUACACUACCGAAGCCUUUAUUUCAGCGAACAAGAGAUUCACAGCUCGUCGUGGUAUUUGUGCGACGCUACAUAGCGACUGCGGCACUAAUCUAAUUGGUGCUGAUAACGAACUAAGACGACGUUUUGAUGCAGCUUCAAAGGAGUUAAAAGAAUUAGCGACAAUACUUGCCAAUCAUGGAACUGAUUGGCGCUUCAAUCCUCCGACCUCAUUUUGGAGGAAAGUGGGAAGCGGCAUCCUUAACUCUAGACCUCUUUGCCCGUUGUCGGAAGACAUAGACGAUUAUGUAGCCUUAACCCCAGGACAUUUUAUUUUAGGAGAAGCUUCAACCGUUAUCCCGGAGCCUAAUCUUAUUAAUCAGCCAAGUUCUCGUCUCACUAGAUGGCAACUCAUUCGGCAAAAGGUAGAACAUUUCUGGAAGCGAUGGACAACUGAAUGCCUUCAACGUUACCAAGCCAUAUCAAAAUGGCAUCAUCCAUCUUUGGAAAUUAAAAGGGGAUCCUUGGUUCUCGUCGUUGACGAACGAUAUCCACCAGCAAAAUGGCCGUUAGCGCGAAUUCGUCAACUGAUUCCUGGUAAGGAUGGUUUAACGAGAGUCGUCAUAGUACGAACGGCCACUGCAACCUUCAAGCGACCUGUUACCAAAAUUUGCGUUCUAUCCAUCAAUCAAGCUGAAGGAAUAUUCGAGAACUCCGUUCCCGAAGGCGGGCGGAAUGUUCGGGCAAAUAAAAAGUAA